GUAAGCCUUUUUGUUUGUUUUAAAAUUUGAUUACGUUUUUGUGACUUAUAUAGCGCUUUAUUAUUUAUUUUGAGUUAGCGUGGAUCGUAUUUUCAGAGAAUUCAAAGUGUUUAUUAGUUGGCCUGAGACAUCUUCAAGAUGUCGAAGCGUACUAAGAAUGAUAAGAAAGAGUCGGAUGAGACACUGACCCGUAUUGCUAUUGUCAGUACCGAUAAAUGUCGGCCAAAGAAAUGUCGACAGGAAUGCAAGAAAUCUUGUCCUGUUGUUAGAAUGGGAAAACUUUGUAUUGAAGUUUCACCUACAGAUAAAAUAGCUUUCAUAUCAGAAGAAUUAUGUAUAGGUUGUGGUAUUUGUGCUAAGAAAUGUCCAUUUGAUGCUAUUUCCAUCAUCAAUCUACCAAGUAAUUUGGAGAAGGAAACAACUCACAGAUAUAGUGCAAAUUCCUUUAAACUACACAGAUUACCUGUACCAAGAGCAGGAGAAGUACUAGGAUUGGUGGGUACUAAUGGUAUUGGUAAAUCUACAGCUUUAAAGAUCUUAGCUGGAAAGCAAAAACCAAAUCUCGGAAGAUUUAAGGAACCACCAGAUUGGACAGAUAUUUUAGCCUAUUUCCGUGGUAGUGAAUUACAGAAUUAUUUUACGAAGAUUUUAGAGGAUGAUUUGAAAGCGUUGAUUAAACCUCAAUAUGUGGACCAGAUACCCCGAGCUGUUAAAGGCUCUGUUGAAACUCUUCUUGCCAAGAAGAAAGAACUAGAUAAUCAGAAACAGAUAAUGGAUGUUUUAGAUUUGAACUAUGUAACAGAUCGUAAUAUAGAAGAUUUAUCUGGAGGAGAAUUACAAAGAUUUGCUAUAGCUAUUGUUUGUAUACAGAAUGCAGACAUUUUUAUGUUUGAUGAACCAUCUAGUUAUUUAGAUGUAAAGCAGAGAUUACGAGCUGCUCAAGCUAUCCGAAGUUUAAUUAAUCCCGAUAAAUAUAUCAUAGUAGUAGAACAUGAUUUAUCAGUACUUGAUUAUCUCUCUGACUUCAUCUGUUGUUUAUAUGGUGUACCUAGUGCUUAUGGUGUAGUUACUAUGCCCUUCAGUGUUCGAGAAGGUAUUAAUAUCUUUUUGGAUGGAUUUGUGCCAACUGAAAAUUUACGAUUCCGUGAAUCGUCUUUAACAUUCAAGUUAGCUGAAACAGCACUGGAAGAUGAAAUCAAACGAGACUGUAGAUAUGAAUAUCCAGACAUGAAAAAGGUGUUGGGUGGUUUUGAGUUAAAUAUACAAGGUGGACAGUUUACAGAUUCUGAGAUUAUUGUUAUGUUAGGAGAAAAUGGAACUGGAAAAACUACAUUUAUUAGAAUGUUAGCUGGUCGACUAGAACCUGAUGAGGGAGGUAAGACACCUGUAUUAAAUGUUAGUUAUAAACCACAGAAGAUCAGUCCUAAACAUAAAGGUACUGUACGACAGUUAUUACAUGAGAAGAUACGAGAUGCUUAUAUACAUCCUCAGUUUAAUACAGAUGUCAUGAAACCAUUACAGAUAGAACAGAUUAUAGACCAGGAGGUACAGAAUUUAUCUGGUGGUGAGUUACAGAGAACAGCUAUUGUAUUAUGUCUAGGUAAACCUGCUGAUGUAUAUCUUAUAGAUGAACCAUCAGCUUACCUUGAUUCUGAACAACGUUUACAUGCUGCUAAAGUUAUUAAAAGAUUUAUUCUUCAUGCGAAGAAGACAGCAUUUGUAGUAGAGCAUGAUUUUAUAAUGGCUACGUAUCUAGCUGAUCGUGUUGUUAUGUUUUCUGGUACACCAUCUAUCAAUACAGUAGCUAAUGCCCCACAAUCAUUAUUAAAUGGAAUGAAUAAAUUCUUAGAAUCAUUGGAAAUCACAUUCAGAAGAGAUCCAAAUAAUUUCCGACCACGUAUCAAUAAGCUCAACUCAAUCAAGGACUCUGAACAGAAGAAAACUGGAAACUUUUUCUUCUUGGAUGAUUAAAAAAAAGCUUGACAGAAUAUUUUUGUUGAGAUGCCAAACUGCACAUUCUCUCCAAAUGUAUGGAAUGGACAAUUUACAAAGGAAGAUUAUUUAUAGAAACGGAACCUCUGUAAAGGACCUAGUCGUUAAAUCAAUAAUUGUAUAAAACAAUGGCAGAGUUUGUUUUGGAGGAACUAUACUUAGUAGAUACUCUCUACUCAAAAAAAAUGCCUUUUACCAUUAACUUUAGAUAUCUUAAAUUUCUUAAUCAAAAAUUUUUUAACAUGUUUACUCUGAUCUGUAUUGUAAGGGGCAGGGGUGUGUGGUCUUAAGGUCUUUCAUUGGGCCAACUUGUAUGUUUUCGGACCUCGACUUGUAUGUGACCAGGAGUAGGCCUGCCUGUCCAACUUAGUCUGUUUUUUCUGGAUCUUUUUUCUUCCUCCCAUUGCUAAAGAUGCCUUCCUGCAAACGAAUUGUUGAAAUAAAAUUUUGCUCUUUCAUCUGUAUUAUAUUAUGUAGAUUAACAAAAUUUAUAACAAAACAAAUCAAAAAUAUAAUUAUAGUAGAUCUACAUGUUGUCCCUUACACCUUCUUACGGCUUGUUGGCAAUAUUGAUGGUAAUCUCCGACUUGAGGUCGCUCACCCCCCUUUAUUGUUAGAAUAUUUUUACCUCAUGACAUAUUCGAAUACCUCAUGUAACUAAAGUUACACCAAACACCAUGGUUAUUAAAAUAAAUAUGUCUGACUGAUGGCAUCCUUAAUAUCAUAUUAGGCCUCUUUUUUUAAAUUCCUCAAGGUUCAUGUGUCAUUUUAACCUUGUUAACACUUGGACCCUCAAACGUUUCCUAACUAGGGCUGUUUAGGCUAUCCCAAACCACUCACCUCCAAAACCCAGUAUACGGUCCUACAACACAGGGAGCUAUUCAUAAUUUUCAGGCAGUUUCUCUAAUUUUCUUAAGGGAAUGGAGGUUAUGAUUUUCUGCUUGUACGUGACAAGGAGUUUGGUUGCCUGUACAAACUAGUGGGUUUUCUCCAGUGCUAAAGACCCCUAGGCGCAAGCAAAUAAUUUAAAAUAAAAUUUAACCAUGUUAGUUACAAAAUCACCUAGUUUGUGUAAAGUGGAUGUUAAACCCCAUUUCUCUCUCUAAUUGUCUUCAGGGAAUCAAGGUAGUCAAUAUUUUUACAUGUACCAAGUGUUGAAGUUCCAAUAUACCUAUUUUGUUUUUGAUAGAUUGAAUUUUCUUCAGUGCUAUUAUCUGAGCCUAUCUGUAUUAAUGUGUUGCACUCCUGUACAGUUGUAAAAAUCAAAAUGAUAUUUCCUGUUUAAAUUAUGUUACCUCCCUUUGUAUAUUGUGUCCUCUUAAUAGUUUAUGAAAUAUGAUUGUAGUUACGGAGAACAACAUAGACUACAUGUCAAGUACAUUUUAAAUAUUGUAAAUACGAUUCUCAAAAACACCUGUUCUCUAUUCAUGUACUCUGUUUAGAAUGAAGUAAAAGUUAUUAUUCUUCCAUGUCUGGCUUGGCUUGACAAACAAAAAUUAUAUUUAUGAACACCUGUUUUCACUUUGUGUAAUCUUCAUGAAAGCUGUUAUUCCUACAUUUCUAGCUUGACUUGUUGAAGAAAAGGUAUGUGGUGACUCACAUGUAUCAAUAUGGAAAGAUUUAUAUCAUUAAAACAGUAUAUAGGGAAUUAGAAAGAUAAUAAGCCACUGUUUGGUGAAGGAUGCCGUGGUUUCCUAAGAAUUUGUAAAUAUGUGGUAUAUAUUUAGGAAAGUCUGGAACUCUGACUUGAGUUAAGAAUUUACUCAACUUUCAAUCAUCAAGUUGUGACAUCAAAAUUUACAACAUGCUAGUCCCUAAAUGGUUUAGUUAAAAUUAAUUUGAUGACCAAAUUUGUUAAAAAUUGUGAGAUAUUUUGUACAGUGAUAUUUUCCUGUCACCUUAGUUCUUUAAAUCUAUUGUAAGUGUUUAAAUGUAUAUCAAUCAAGUUUUGGUGUUAAUUAGGAUACAAAUUACAUUUUAUUGUAAAUAGUGUUUAAUGGUGAAAUUCUCUCAUAAAAUAUUAUGUAAAUUAUA